GGCAAGGGAAGGGAAGGGAGGGAGGAUGAUCGGCGCGGGGGGCGUGCAGACAGAAAGCCCCCGCGAUGCCACUGCCAGUGGGGCUGUAAGGGAGAAUUAAAGAUGAUAUCUGCUCUUUCUGCUCCCCGAUUGCGCUUGAAGGCGACGGUGAGAUGAGAUCCACGCAGAGUAAGAGGCUGUCUUCUCGCUGCGCUCUCAAACGGUCUGUGUUUUGCGCCGUGGUGCGUCGGGGGCGCGCGGCUCACCGCUGCACCAGCUCCAGCUCCAGCGGGGACUAAAGAGAGCUGCUCCUCAUCACACCGCAUCAAAAUAAAAAGGGGAAAGCCGGGGCCAAUUCACCACGAUGAGGGCCGUUUGGGCAAACUUGUUCGCGGUGCUCUUGCUGUGCGCCCUGGGGAGCGUCUUCUACGCCUGGAACGCGCUGGAGGACCGCGUGGGCCGACACAAGCGCCGGGUGUCCGCGUCCCCGCACCGGGCUCUCCCAGUCCCCGAGGACCUCUCAGCCAAAACUUUCAGAGCUCUGCUGGCCGUUCCAGCUCCAGGGAGGAGAGCCGGGGCGCACAACCUCUCCAGCCAUUUCCAUGUGGACGGGGAUAACAAGAGGUCAGCAGCGCGGGGGGAGGCUGCGGCCAGGUCUCCGGUGGAGAAUGGGAUAUUCUGGAGCGAGUGGCUGGAAGAUCUCCUCCCCGCGGGCUUCACGGAGGAACACGCCCGGGCUUGGAGAGCCAGAGCCAGGUCAUCCCGCGUGGUGAAGCUGGAGCGCGGAUGCGGCAGGAGAUCCAACCAGCUGGCCACGUUGGCGGACGGGACUAAAGCGUGCGUGCGUUAUGGGAUAAACCCGGACCAGGUGCAAGGAGAAACUUUGACUUAUUACCUGGCCAGUCUGCUGGGCAUCACCAACCUGCCCCCGCUGGCGCUGUCUCGGGUGAGCGCUUACAGCGAGCAGUGGGCGGCGGUGCGGACGCGCAGCGCCGGCUUGCAGUGGAGCGACGGCACCGUGGUUUCCCUCACGGAGUGGAUCUCCAACCUGAGCGGGGUGGUCACCCCUGCCCCCCUCAGGCAGGAGAGCCUGGGCCUGCACCCGCAGCUGCCGGGGCUCCGGGACAAGAGCCCCCCGGAGCUGCUGGAGCUGCUGCAGUGGAGCGACCUGAUCCUGCUCGACUACCUGAGCGCAAACUUCGACAGGCUCGUCAGCAAUCUGUUCAGCCUGCAGUGGGACUCCCGCGUGAUGGAGAGAGACACGAACAACCUCCUCAGAACGCCCGCGGGGCGGCUGGUGUUCAUAGACAACGAGGCCGGGCUCGUGCACGGCUUUCGGGUGCUGAACAUGUGGGAGAAAUACCACAGCUCCGUGCUGAACUCUGUGUGCGUGUUCAGGAGAAGCACGACGCGGCGGCUGGCGGAGCUGCACAGGCGCGGGGACUCCAGGCGGAGGCUGCUGGAGCUCUACAGAGACAGCGAGCCUUUGUCUCAGGAAUUAGGAUUUCUCUCAGACGAGCACGCGGGUGUUCUCCAGGACAGAAUAGACAGAUUACACGAACACGUUUUGCGUUGCAAAGAAAAGUACAGCACGCCGUGACGCGGCGCCACGCACGGUAGAUGGAUGCGUUUGUCCGCCUUUCAAACGUUACACCCAGUACUCGAGUUGUAAAAAAAGUCAGGGGGGAUGGUGGAUUUUAUCAUAUGGGGACAGAUCAUUUGUGCUGAUUACAAAUAAUAUAAUAUAUUACAAAUAAUAACACUGACCAAAACACCUGCAGAAAUACUGCAGGAAUGACAUAGCAGCAGUUAAAUGCAGCCUUCUGUAAGCUUUAAAUAUCCACUGGGCUUACAUCAAAUACAUCAAAACACAAAAAUAAAAACAGUUUUCUGAACUUAUCAAUAUGCCUCUGUCCUUCACAGGAUAGGUAUAAUGGAUCACUGCAAAAACUCAAAAUCUUAACAAGAAUAUUGGUCUUAUUUCUAGUUAAAAUGUCUCAUUUUAGUAAAACAAUCUCAUUACACUUAAAACAAGACUCAUCACUGGAAAAAACACCUGUUUCAAGUAGAUUUUCACUUGAAAUAAGUAGAAAAAUCUGCCAUUUUCCUUUUUAUUUCAAGUGAAAAUAUACUUGAAACAGGUGAAAAUUGUCAGAUAAGUUAUUUUUCUGGUGUUAUUUUUGGUGAUGACUCUAAAUGUUGAAAUAGCAGUAAAACCACAUUCAUUGAUGAAAUGACAUAAGGGAUGGAAAGGGGGGAUGGCAGUUUUACAGGGGGAUGAUUUUGACCGUUUUUAUUUCAGGGGGGAUGCCAUCCCCCCUCAUCCCCCCUCAACUCGAGUACUGGUUACACCUGCGCUAAACUGAUGCGAUUUACACAAAAAAACUGUCUUGAAUAUCCAUCUGAACUACCUCUUGUGAAUAAUGCGCUGCCUCCUUUAUAAAUAAGUACAUUUGACACGUGUUUAUAAUCUGCUGACUGAAUAUUUGUGGCCUCACAUAGGGGAGACAAGAUGACACCUUGUCUGUUUCACCCCACGUACGCUAAACUUAAUAAUAAGAACAAAUGUAAAGAGUAGGAUGGAGUCUGUGUUCAGUAAUAAUCCCAAUGAUACCCCGUUAAGCCUUAACCUAAGUUGACUCUUCUCGAGUACCACAUUUCUGUUGACAUCCCUCAAUAAUUUGCACAUAUUGUAAUAAGUAGCACUUGCACUCUUGUACAUUUGUUUGCAUAGUCAGCCUUAAACUCACAGCUGUGUCAUAUCUAUCCUGUAUUUGUUCAGUGUAUUGUUAAUAUUGUCUGACGAAGCAGUUUUGAGUCUAAAAGUGAUUAAUUUGUAUUGUAACAUUCCAAAACCUUCCCAUGUUUUGAUAAAUACACAGU